AUGGUCAUAUGUUAUAAGGAAUUAAUAAUAUCAAUAAAAUCCUCAGAUGCCCUAGAUUAUAUUCUUGCCUUUAAAUUUACAGAUUUAAAUUACAGAUAUAUUGGCAAUGGUGAUUUUUCGCAAGAAGCAUACGAUUUAUAUUCAAAACUUGAUGGUCUUGCCUACGAUAUAGAAUUAGCUACCUACUACCAAGAACACAACGACUAUGAAAGUGGUAUAAGUUCAUUGGAUCGUCUUAUAGAACAUUGUCCUUGGGCUCCUUCAUUACGUGAGCAGCGAUCACAAUUGUAUUUGAGUUCUGGAAAUGUACAACAUGCAAUAAUGGACUUGCGGACAGCUACUAAACUCCAAGCUGAUGACACAGAUGGCCAUUAUAAAUUAUCAAAAAUUUAUUACAGUAUAGGAGAAGUAUCUGAAUCACUCAAAGAGAUUAGAGAGUGUUUAAAAUUAGAUCCAGAUCAUAAAUUAUGUCACUCACAUUACAAAAUUGUUAAAAAAAUUGAUAGACUGGUAGUAGACAGUCAGUCGGCGCACAAUAUCAAAGAUUUUUCUAGUAGUAUUCAAUUUGCAAAAAAGGUAAAAUAUUUUAAUUAA